AUGCCUCGUCUGACAGAGGAGUUGAUCCGAAAGCGUGCGGAGCACAAUGAGGGCGUCCUCUCGGACCUUGAAGAGAUCGCACUGCACCAGCAGGAGAUCGAGGGCAUCGAAAGCCUAGAAGCUUGCUGCCGACAUAUCAAGAUCCUGCUCCUCCAGAACAACAUCAUUCCGAAGAUGGAAGGUCUCAACAAGCUGAAGGAGCUGGAGUACUUGAAUCUUGCCCUCAACAACGUCUCGAAGAUUGAAGGCAUCGACGGCUGCGAGUCGUUGAAGAAGCUGGAUCUGACGGUGAACUUUAUCACUGCGGAGGACUUGGAGGAGAGUGUUUACAACCUCAAGGCCAACAUGAUGUUGGAGGACCUGUACCUGACUGGCAACCCAUGUGCCGACUGGUCGGGCUGCCGAGCGUACGUCGUUGCCCAUCUGCCACAACUGAAGCAGCUGGACGCGAAGCUGAUCGUUCCCCGCGAGCGAAUCAAAGCCCGCCAGCAGCUGCCGAGGCUGCAGAAAGAGCUCGAGGAUCUCGCGCAGGAAGCGCGCCUGAAGCGGCUCCGGGAGUUGGGGCAACCUGUGGAUGAAGGUGCCUACACGAAGGAGAGCCGCAACGAGAUGUACCUGGAGCUCGCUGAGCAGAAGGCCGAGAAGGAGCGGAAUGAGCGCCGAAGAAUGGGCGCUGAGCCAAAGGAACCUCGUGUGGUGCCUGGCGUGCACAACGCCCGCGGCGAAAUCCGGCAGUGCAACGAGGGCAAGUACAACUUCGACCUGGAUGACUGGACACACCCGGACAAAAUCGUCUUCGAGUUGGCUGUCCCAAAGUACCUGGACACCUCGGCCUUGGAUGUGGACGUCAACCCCUCGUACGUCCGCGUGGUCGUCAAGGAUAAGGUCACCCAGCUGAAGCUUUCAGCUGAGGUCGGCGGUGGGAUUCGGAGCUUCAGAGACCUAGAAAACAAUGAGCACCCCUAA